AUGGAAAUUGAUAAUGCUGAAUUAAAUCAACUUGAACUUGAACUUUAUAAUAAUCAAGGCUUAAAUAGUAAAACACCAACUUUUACAAAGCCUCGAAAAUUUCAAAUCAAGGAAUAUGCUAAUGAUAAUAACAUUAUUAAUCAACGGCGAAGAUAUUG